GGCGGCGGCGGCGGGUCUCCCUCCGCCCACGCAACCCGCCUAUAGCAACAGAACUGGCGGGCGGUGCGGUGUGGCCGGCCGAAAAGGAGACGACCACCAACUGGAGCAGGGAGUGGAGGCCUGCCUACUUUCGGUGGGGAGUGGAGCGGAGCGGGGAGCCGGAGAGCAGCCCUCCACUUUCGGUGCCGCUGUCGCCGUCGCGGUCGAGGGUUCUCGCGCGCGCGCGGCGGGGGUUCUACCUAAUUCGGCUCUGUUCUGCUCUGCUCUGGUGGCAGAGCAGAAGGGGGAGUGGGGAGAUGGUGGCGGCGGCGCCGUGCGCCGCGCGGAGGUCCUUCAGGGACUCGCUCAAGGUGCUGGAGGCGGACAUCCAGCACGCCAACAACCUGGCGUCCGAGUGCUCGAGGGACUACGACGGGGCGUGCCUGCAGAUGCGCAUGUCCUACAGCCCCGCCGCGCGCCUCUUCCUCUUCCUCCUGCAGUGGACCGACUGCAGCCUCGCCGGCGCCCUCGGCCUCCUCAGGAUCCUCAUCUACAAGGUUUAUGUGGACGGCACAACCACCAUGUCCACCCACGAAAGGAAGGCCAGCAUCAGGGAGUUCUACGCGGUGAUAUUCCCCUCCCUCAUGCAGCUGGAGCACGGGAUCAGCGACUCCGACGACCGGAGGCAGAGGGCGGCGUGCUCCGAGGGGUACAGGCGGAGAGACGAGCCGGAGGACAGCAAGAGGCCGGUCUCCGAGAUCGACGCCGAGAUCGAAGAGGAGUGCGGGAUCUGCAUGGAGCUCAACAGCAGGGUCGUGCUGCCCAACUGCAGCCACGACAUGUGCAUCAACUGCUACCGUCAAUGGCGCUCGAGAUCUCAAUCCUGCCCCUUCUGCCGGGACAGCCUCAAAAGAGUAAACUCCGGCGACCUAUGGAUGCUCACCGACCAGCGCGACGUGGUCGACAUGGCGACGGUGACGAGGGAGAACAUCAGGCGCCUGUUCACCUACAUCGAGAAGCUGCCUCUCGUCACGCUGGACAACAUCUUCGAUGCCUAUGAUUCCCAUAGGAUGUUCCUCGUCCUAGGAUGUGGCUGACCAUGCAUGGAUGGAGCAGCCUGACAGAGAGACCCAACCUGUGUGAGCACCCUAGGGUCCUCAGGCUUUGUAAAUACAUGUACAGAUUUACAGUUUGCAUGGAAAUGUUACAGGGAAAAGUCAGAACAACAAUAUGUUAUUAUGCAGACAUAUAGUGCAUGUA